CUUCUCCGUGAUAUUCAACCAGCCCAGCUCUUCCAUUUUGAACUCGAUACUCUCGCAUGAUACCUCGCAAAUGAUACCCCAAUAACGACUAACUACGCUUCCUCCGUUAAGCAAAACCAAACCAGGCCACCCACCGCCAGACCAGCCGCAACCGGGCGCGCACGCUCGGAGUCCUCUCCCUCAUUCUCCCCUCCCCUCGCCUCACCUCCCAUUCACAAUGCCCGUCUAUUCCCUCAUAAUUAUCAACAAAGCCGGUGGGCUCAUCUACCAACGGGAAUUCCACCCCGGCCUGCUCAAGCUCUCGACGAACGACUACCUUGUUCUUGCGGGGACAUUUCAUGGCGUCCAUGCAAUCACACGCUCCAUAACACCCAAAAUCCCCAACCCAUCCGCGACACCGACCCCAACAUCCAACAGCCAGCAAACCUCUACGCCAUCGAAUCCCUCAACACCAACGCCGGGCGCAGGGACAACCCCAAACUCCUCAUCCGGCCUCCCACUACCACAAGCAUCCUCCACUUCAAACGCCAAUUCGACAUACCCCAUUCCUUCCAUCCCAAUAAGCGGGCUAGAGAUGCUGGAAACGGAGAAAUUCCGGCUGACGUGUUUCCAAACGCUGACGGGGACGAAGUUCUUGCUGUUUACGGACCCGCUGAUGGAGAAUGUGGAUGUUGUAAUGAAGGGUGUUUAUGAAAUUUAUGCGGACUAUGUGAUGAAGAAUCCGUUUUAUCAGAUUGAAAUGCCGGUUCGGUGUGAGAGGUUUGAUAGGGGGGUUGGAGGCUAUCUGAGAGCGAGGGGGUAAUGAACAAUACAUAUUGAUAUACCCGCUGCUGUUGGGUGGUCGGCCUGUAUAUUUUCUUGACCUACGGUCUUUCUUGCUUCUGUUAAUGGGAUGCUGGAAAUGAUGAUAACUGUUUGGGAUUUUGUUUGGCGUUUAUUGCUAGAACUACUGAUGGCCGAUUUGGUUUGCGUAUGAAAUUGUUACCUAAGAGGGAGGUGGCAACGCCGGGUAUGCAUUAACAUAAGUAAAUAGAAUACAUUCUACGCAGU